AUAGGAUACAGUUAUCAUUCAGUACAACAAUCAUGUGUUGUAAACCCUAGAUGUACAGACAGCUGUGUUGAUACUGCACAUUCCAGUAUUUGUGAUAAAAGACCUAUUAAUGGUGUAGAUAAUUUCUUUCAUCAACUGAUACCAGGAUUCGGGUGGGUGAAGAUGCCUUGUGCACCGGGAACCAAUUACUUCAUGGAUACAUGUUCUUGUUCAACCUUCGCUAAACCAGUGUCUUAUCAGCCCCAGAAACCGGAUUGUAGACCAUUAUUAUAUCUACCAUUUGAUUCUGACGUACGUGACCAUUCUGGAAACUAUAAUUACGUUCAAAAUGAUGGUGUCACAAUCCAUAAUGGUGCAGCUUAUUUUAAUGGUCAUACUGGUUUAAGAAUACCCCGAUUUGCUAACAUGGAUUUCGGCUCUCAACUGAUGAUAAAGUUUCGCUACAAGAAAGAGACACAGAUCACGAGAAAACAGGCUGUGAUAUCUAAUGGUGAUUGCAGUACUAGUGGAUCAUUAUAUAUCAUCGCUGCUGAUAAAUUUACAUCUUUUGGUAUAAAGACAAUAUCACAUCGAGCAGCGGCAGUAACAGUCCCAUCAGAGGAUACAGAAUGGAGAGACACUAUGUUUUAUUUAGAUGGUAAUUUACUAUCUGGAAGUGUUAAUGGCGACUCGUCACAAACUUUAGCAGGUCCAAUUCAAAGAAAGAAUUGUGCCAUACAAAUUGGUCGAGGAACAGGUUUUGGUAAUUUUAAAGGUUAUAUUGAUGAUUUAAAAAUUUAUUUAUGUAAACCAAAUAAGAAGUAAAGAUGGAUUAAUCGUGAUGAUGUGUGUAAAUGAUGUGUUCAAUGUGUUCAGAAUAUGUGUUUGUUGUGCCUUGUAUUUUAUAAGGAGAAUUUUUGUUAGUCCAUUAAUGCGGCUUAAAUAUUCUUUAUUUAUUAAUAUUUAUUGUCAAGUUUGUGUUAAUGACUAUAUAAAAUCAGUUGGCAGUAAAAAGAAUGAAUGAAACAACUAUAACAAACAAGGAUAACUACUUAGAUUCACAUCUACCAGAUGGCCCUUGGCCAAACCUCUUGGCAUUGAUCUUUCUAACUAGCAACUCGUGCUUAAUUCUCAAUACAUGUUCACGAGUUUUCAUAAAAAGGCAACCGACAAACGAUUGUCAUUGUUUCUACAGCUAUGUGUAUGUUAUAAAGAACGUAUAAGAAAAUGAAAUCCCAAAGAGUUGUAUAUAAAUUGUAUUAUAUUUUAAUUUUUAUUUUUGUAUUAUCAGAAUAAAUAUUGUUAAAAC